UUUCUUUUGUCAGUUUCUGCUUAGCUUCUGAAAUUUAGGGUCCCUUCAAAUUCCUCUCUCUGUUUUUCAGUUCUUUUACUUAUAUUAAACCAAAGCAGAAUUUUACUUUAUUCUGAAAAAUCUUAGCUUUUUUCACUGUUAAUCUUUUCAGAAAAACAUGAAUGUGUGUGAAAUACUCAUGAAGAGACACAACUAGGGAUGUUCUGUUUGUUUGUUUUUUCACCAUUUGCAUUAUAGUUUUGUGUGUGUGUAUGGUCAAGAAAAGCUUAAAGGUGGAGUCUUUGGUAUCUCUUCUAAUGGAAAAUUAUGUACAAGACGCCGGUGGGCUUUGAGUGAAUCUUAUUUUGCAUAGUAAAAGGAAAAUGUCAUUAAAAUCAAAGAAAGGAUGGAAAUCAGGCAUGCCUCUCCGUCUGAAGACCAAAUCAUCAGCACAUUUUUGUUUGCUCCCCAAAACGAAGUCGGAUCGUUUUGCUCCUGGUGAGACACCAGUUUGUCUCAAUGUGUAUGACUUGACACCAAUGAACAACUAUGUCUACUGGGCUGGUUUUGGCAUCUUCCAUUCUGGUGUGGAAGUUCAUGGUGUAGAGUACGCAUUUGGAGCUCAUGAUUACCCAACCAGUGGUGUCUUUGAAGUUGAACCGCGACAAUGUCCAGGAUUUAAGUUUAGGAAGUCAAUAUUUGUUGGAACUACAAAGCUGGAUCCGAAUCAGGUUAGAGAGUUCAUUGAGCAUCAAGCUGCUGCCUACAAUGGUGACUCCUAUCACUUGAUCGUGAAGAACUGCAACCAUUUUUGCAAGGAUAUAUGCCACAAGCUGACCGGGAAAAAGAUUCCAAAAUGGGUGAACAGGCUUGCAAAAUUAGGUUCAGCAUUCAACUGCAUGUUACCUGAGGCUUUGAAAGUUGCUGCUGUCGAAGACGAACCAAAUGGCCCAGAGUAUGAUAGUGAGAAGAGAAGGCUGAGAAGUGCUUUCAGUUGUUUUUCUUCGAUUUCAACGAGACAACAGAAGCUAUCUGCUGUCAAAGACGUACCAAAUGGCCCAGAAUAUGAUGGUGAGAAGAGAAGGCUGAGAAGUGCUUUCAGUUGUUUUUCUUCGAUUUCAACGAGACAACAGAAGCUAUCUACGUCUUCGUUAUUUCUACAGUCACCCGUUAAAGGCUGCUUACCUUCGUUGGAGUUGAGAAAGUCUACCAAAUGCUCUUCAAAGGAAAAGCAAACAUAAUGUACUCUCUUGUGAUCACAUUUUCCUUGAUGAAAAAAAAAUUGUGAAGGCUACCCCAUAUGGUAUUUUGAGAAAACUAUAGAAUGAUAGAUUUACAUUCUUUAAGAAGGUAUACUAUGUGUAAUGUGGCAUUGCCAGUAUAUACAAUUUGUGUUCCUUGUUUGGUCCCUUG